UCGGCGAGGGGCAGCAGUAGCCUGUGUGAGAGCGAGUGGGAAGCGCGUGUGGAUUUCUUUUUUACUUGAUUUCUUUCUUUUUUCUUUUUUUUCUUCUUUUUUUCUUUUUCGGACCGUCAUUCAGUGGCUGGAUGGCGUGGGACAGGUGUAACCAGGACUCUGUGUGGAGAGAAUUAGAGUGUGCUGCCUUGGUUGGUGAAGACCAGCCUUUCUGCCCGGACCUCCCUGAGCUGGACCUCUCAGAGCUGGAUGUCAGUGACUUGGAUGCAGACAGCUUCCUGGGCGGCCUCAAAUGGUACAGCGACCAAUCAGAGAUUAUUUCCACCCAGUAUGGCAACGAUGCGUCCAAUCUUUUUGAGAAGAUAGAUGAAGAAAAUGAGGCCAACUUGCUGGCAGUGCUUACAGAGACCCUGGACAGCAUCCCGGUGGAUGAGGACGGAUUGCCUUCGUUUGAGGCCCUGGCAGAUGGGGACGUGACCAAUGCCAGUGACCGGAGCUGUCCUUCCUCCCCCGACGGCUCGCCACGCACCCCAGAGCCAGAGGAGCCUUCCCUGCUGAAGAAGCUCCUUCUGGCACCCGCAAACUCCCAGCUCAGCUAUAAUCAAUACACAGGUGGCAAGGCACAGAACCAUGCAGCCAGCAGCAACCACCGGAUCAGACCACCACCUGCCGUCGUCAAGACGGAGAGCCCCUGGAAUGGCAAAGCGAGGGGGGGCUCCAGCCAACAGAACCGCCCGGUGAGGCGGCCCUGCACGGAGCUGCUGAAGUACCUGACCGCCACCGAUGACAUCCUGCUCCACACCAAAGCCAGCGACGCCAAGAGCACCUGGGGCGGUGCGGGCAGCAGGGAGAAGGGUGGCCUGGGUCUCGGUGCCUCUUCCUCUUCCUCUUCGCCGUCCUCGUCAUCCACCUCCUCGUUCUCCUCCCUCUCCUCCGUCUCUUCCACCUGUUCCUCCACCACCUCCAAGAAGAAGUCGGGCGUACCGUCUCCGCAGCAGCAGCAGCAGCCGCCGCAGCAGCGAGGUGAGAGCCGGGCUGCAGGCAGGUGUAGUGUGGCUGGUGUUGGGGCUGGGAAGUGGCAGCGUUGCUCUCACGAUGACGGGGUUAAGGAGUCGGAGGGUGCUUCUAUCCCUGUCAGCUCCGCCUGCUGCCAGGAGCACGCUGAAGAAGGAAGGCCGCCAGGCGAUGUUGGCCGCCUGGCUAGGUUUAUUAGGUAUAUGCAUUCUUAUUCCCUCCCUCCCCGAGAGGCGAGUCACAGCUGUGAGCAUUGCCGAGAGGCUGCGGGCGCCACUCAGGCUAGAGGCCGUAGAAACAGUAGCGUGGCCGGCCAUAGGCACAUCACAGUGACUAUUAAGAAAAGAGAUGAGAAGCCGGGGCACCCUUUGCUUAGCCAGCUGCUCACCUCCAAACACAGGCCUGCUGAGUACAAAGUCCACAUACCCCCACCUCAGAUCACCCCUUUACCCAGCAUUCAGAGCAGGUCAGCAGGUAGGACCCCAGCACAGGCUCCCUCAAAGGUGCAGGAGGAGGAGGAGUUGGGAGGAGCCGCUGAUAGUAGAGAGCGGGAAGUACGUCAGCUCGAAGAGCCUGACUCAGGGUCCCAGGUUGGACCCCCGCCCUUAGGUUUAGAGAGCUGGGUUUACCAGCCAGACUCGGGGCUAGACUUUGGACUAGAGCUCGGGUGGCUAAACCAGGGGCCCUAUGGGGAGGAUGUUGACCAUGAUGAUGAUGAUGAUGUUGAUGAUGAUGAUGUCAUGGGCAGCACUGCUACUAUCCCAAAUAAUAGAAUUGCAGUGCCAGCCCUCCCCUGCCUCUCACAUGGGCAAGUGCCCCCACACAGGCAGGCACUCAGCGAGCACCCCGACGACCAGGGCCUCCCGUUGUUAGCCAAACCAACCACCUUGCCACUUCCUUUGACCCCAGAGUCUCCAAAUGACCACAAGGGAUCACCGUUUGAGAACAAAACCAUUGAACGCACAUUAAGUGUGGAGAUUGCUGGAACCCCAGGUCUGACACCACCUACCACGCCCCCACACAAAGCCAGUCAAGAGAAUCCUUUCAAAGCAUCGCUCAAAACCAAGUUGUCUUCAUGUUCCUCAUCGGCCUUGGCGUGCAAAAGAGCCAGGCUGAGCGAAUUGGGCCCCGGCGCUCUGGCUCCGGCCCCAGGUGCCUCAGGCGGGGGCCCCUCCAGGAAGGGUCCUGAGCAGUCUGAGCUUUAUGCCCAGCUGAGCAAAGCGUCCACCGCCCCACCCUACUCAGUCACCCAACACACUUUGGGGGGCGGCCCUGAGGAACGUCGUAGCAUUAAGCGGGCGGCGCCUCGCAGCUACAGCGACCAUGACUAUUGCCAAGCUAGCGCUAAGAAGGACGGCGGCACAGCCGCUGUUGCCAUGACUACAUCAGCGGUCACCUUAGGUGCCCCCACUGCGCCUCCCGUGCUUCCCGCAGGCAGCGUGGAGAACGGGCGUGUCGAAUGUAAGGACUCAGCCAUGCCUCCAUCCUCUUCAUCAUCUUCACCUCCUCCAUCAUCAGCUUUAUCUGCUUCCCUGGCGAAUGUUAAGGAGCAGACCCUCAAACAGACCCCCCAGAGCCCCCCACAGGAGGCCCCCAUUGACUGGGACCAACUCCACUGCUCUGCCAUCAGCCGGAAGCUCCUGCGAGACCAGGACAUCAGAGCAGAACUCAACAAGCAUUUUGGCCCCCCCUUAAAAGCCUUUCAUAUCCCGGGGGGCCAGGAGAGAGAAGCCAAACCAAGUAAGGCUGCGGCCCCUCAGACCCCUAAGGGGGGGGAGUCAGGGUACCCGAUCCUGCCCUUCCAGGACGACCUCGAUCUGGGGGAGACCCGCGAGAGCCGCUUCCUGUACCCGUGGGAGGGCACUCCUCUGGACCUCCUUUUUGACUGCCCCCCCUGCUCCCCCUCCUGCUCCCCACCGUCCAGUUGUUCCCCCUCUCGAGGCUCCGUCUCCCCCCCCUCCUCCCUCCUCCAAUCGCCCAGCAGGCGUUUCUGGACCAGCAGCGGGUCCCGUUCCCGUUCCCGCUCCCACAGCUCCUCCUCGCACUACAGGAGGCGCUCCCUCUCCAGCUCACCUGACAGACGCCCCUCCUCCUGGUCUCGUCACAACACAGAUGCAAGCACCUUUCGUUCCAGGACUCAGAAGAGCCCCCUCCCUCAGGCUCGCUCCCCUCUCAGCCGCAGGCCAAGGUAUGACAGCUACGAGGAGUACCAGCACGAGCGGCUGAAGAGGGAGGAGUACCGCCGGGACUACGAGAAGCGGGAGUUUGAAAGGGCCGAACAGAGAGAGAGGCAGAAGCAAAAAGCAAUAGAGGAGAGACGGGUGGUGUACGUGGGGCGACUGAGGUCCGACUGCACCCGCACAGAGUUGAAGCGCCGCUUUGAAGUCUUCGGCGAAAUUGAAGAAUGUGCAGUGAACCUGAGGGACGAUGGACUCCCAUUCGGACGACUUUGAUCCAGCCUCCACUAAAAGCAAGUACGACUCCAUGGAUUUUGACAGCUUGCUGAGGGAGGCGCAGCGCAGCCUGAGAAGGUAACCGGUCACAGAGGGACUUCUGAUACCUCACUGUGGGGUCUCGCUCCUUUGACGACGAGCCCACCAGAAGUUUUACACUCUGUUAUAGAGUAUAUAAGAAUAAGUCUAUAGACCUAUAUCAAUAUAAAUGAAUAUAUCACAAAUAAAGUUUACAUGAACAUAGCUGCUGAAGAGCUGGGAAGAGACAUUGCAUUCUGGGAAAUCCAGCGAACCCUCAGAGCCUGGUGCACUGCUGUGCUACCGCCAGUGAAAGAAGAAAAAAAAAACUUGUGAUUUUUUUCUCAAAGCACUACAAUACCCACAAUUAUUUGGGGGUGAAAACAUGCAGCUUGUUCAGCCAGAUUUGUUUUUUUUUGCUGUUGAUUUUUUUCUUUCUUUAAACCUGGUGUUUGGAUCUAGUGUUACAUUACAAACAAGAGUAUAAGAAAUUGUGUCUUGGAGGUAAAAUUCUCAAGGUAACAUUGCUGUCUACAUUUUGAGGAGAAAUGUAGCCGUGUAUUUACAAAUACUAUAAAAAGGAAUAUUUUUAUUUUAUGUACAUAUCUGAUAAAGUUCUUUAUUUGUUACAGCUAUGCACUGUAAAACGCAGCCUUUUUUAAAAAUGAGGAGAACAUUUCUUAAUUCAGAAUGUCGAUCUGUGGUCAUUACAAUACUGUAAAACAUAUUGUACACCUACAUGAUGUUUAGAAGACAUGAUAUGAUUGUAAAAAAGAAAAAAAGAUUUGUCUGAUUGCUCAUUUUGAGGGAGCAUGUGAACAAACGUCCUUUUUUAAGUUAUUUUGUCGGGGGAAAAAACAGUCAACCAUGUAUAGUUUUCUCUGUUUAUAACGUUUCUCAAUCAGUGUUUUUGCUUAUGAAACCAGUAUAAAAUGCAUUUUUAACGUGUUUUUCAUGAUUGUAAAAAAAAAAAAGAUACCCCAUUUUUUUAUUAAUUAUUUCUGAAGCAAUCAAUAUAUAUAUACAGAUAUGUAUAUAUGUAACUGGGUUUGAUUUCAUUGCUUUGUAUGGUUCUCCUUUUGAUUACCUUCAAUGAAAAAGACUACUGCAUUCAAAUCUGUUCAAUCAGUACAAACACAUAUUUAUCUAUUUAUUUUAUUAUUUGAAUCAAGACUAUUUAUGGGCUCCAUUUCGACAUGGCGCACCUCACAAAAUCUAUUUGCUGUUUUAUGUUGUCCUUCGAUUUGUGUUAUUUAACUUCCAAUCACUAGACAGGGUGUACAAUAAAUGGUUUGGUGGAGAUAAUAUUACCUUCUAUGCCUUUCCAAAACAAUCAAACCAUUCAGCUAAUCACUCCGGCAGGCAGCGCUCAUCACACAGAGAUUUCUGUCUCCACCAUCCGUCACAUCUCUUUCUUUUUCCACACACGAGCAGAACAUGAAGCAAUAAAAAUGAUUUAGCAGGAAUUUCUUUGUUGUACCACUGUAAACACUCGUUGUCAUCGCUCCACUCACGCUUGAUUAUGUGAAUGCCAAACAAAAGUUUACAAUUUCCUUUUCCUGAAUUUUUUUAAAGAUCUUGUAUUUGAUGUACAAUAUAUAUAUAUACUUAUAUAUAUAUGAUUAUAUUAUUCACGAUAAUUACAAGAUGAUUCAUAAUAAUAACAAUGAUAAUAAUAUAAAUGAAAGAAAAAACUAUAUAAAAAGCAAUAAAUUAUUUUUCAGAGUUGUAUUUUAGCUUCUAUUGUUGUGUGAUUUUUGGACUUGACCCAUUACCCAGUCGCUGGUUAGCUGCUGUAGGUUGACUCCAUUCCAGUCUCAUUUCAUCGACAUGACCCUGUGCGGUAAACACUUGAAUGUCCCCCCCCCCACUUCCCACCACCACCACCACCACUUCCCAGUCUUCCCUUUAAGAUGUAAUUGAGUCUAUGUGAUUGUAAUGCACGCAUUACCUUGUGACAUCUGUGCAGACGUGACUCUGAUCUCCACCUGUGUGUAAAUCGUGUUGAACCUGUGUGUUGUGUAGUGCAUGGCUAUUACAGGAUGACAGUCGGCACAGUAUUUACCACUUUGGAUAUCUGCCUCUCAGCUGUCUUCACUGGCAGAUUUUAAAUGACCUUCUAUAAGCCUAGAGAAAAACUAUUCGACAAUGUAUCGCAUGCCGCACCUCUUUCCACCCUCCCCUUCCCCGCCCAUCCUCCUCCUCUCACAGUCCAGAUAUCACAGCACCGUCCACAUGACAUAAAAGGUAACCUUGCGGUUUUCUGGUUCAAUUAAUAUCCCGUUUCUAGCUCCAGCCAAGUAAUGAGAGAAGCGGCUUCCAAUCGUAGGAAGGACAAAAAUCUUUUGCUGAUCACAGACUUCCUUUCAUGGAGUUUGACUGUGGAGGCGAGAUUUUUUUAUGAUGCAAAGAGGAAAAAAUUGGUCCCAAGGAACGAUAAAAAAAAAAAAAAUCCCAUCACCUGUGUUUCAAGAUAUUUGUUUUACUUUUUUGAUGUCUGUGUAGCGUUUGGGUAAUGGUGUCGUGUCCCAUUUGAUAGAUGUGGCUUUAAUCAUUGUAAUGAAAAAAUGCUUUGUAAAUUGCCUAGAGUAGCAAUAUAUUAUAACACCUUCUGGUUCAAAAUUUCAAAUGUGGCGGACUUUUUAAUAAUGUGACCUACUGAGGACUUUGCCAGUGCUUAAACGUUUGUUGGGUAAUCAUGUUUUUUUUGGAAGGACAAUAUGUGUAUGAGAAAAUGUAUGUGUGUGAGUGUGUGUGAUUUUAGGCCGGUGUGUGCGUGUGUUU